UCGUAGUAAGACGGGGUGAUUUACGCGCUUAAACACAUGUCGUUGGAGUCGCCCACAUUUCAAGCCACCUUGGCUCAGCCCUUAAAUUUUGGACAUAUUUUGGAAAUUUGCGGAAAAACCCAACAAAAUGCCAAAAGCAUCUCUAUCAACUUUGGCCGCAUCAAAUCGGAUUCCGAAGCCAGUAACGAUUUGGAUCUUCAAAUUCUAAUGGACUUUGUGAAAAAGCAAAUAAUAUUUACUCAAAUUUCAUAUACCGACUGCAACAGCGUGGUUACCAAAGAGCUAAUGUUAGCAGAAUUUCAAAACGAGUUCAAAUUUUAUAUCAUGAUGGCCGAAACUAAAUAUUUUAUAGCGCUCAAUAAUAAAACAUUUGCCAGCUUCAAAUACAACCAGAAUUUAGCAAAACUACAAAUCCAGAAAGUAGAAAUUUCAGGAAACUUGCAAUACCUUAAACAACUGGAUCAUCAUAAAUAUUUUCCCCAAACCUGGCCGCCUAUACAAGUAAUCGAAGAUUAUUUGGAAUUCAGCAAUGACCAGCCCAUGUCUUUCAAACCCGGCCAUAUAAUGACAAUCACAGCAUGUUUGCAAGGCAGCAGCAAUGGUAGAUUUGUAAUACAGUUCCGCCAUGCCCGGGACAAUAAACGCCAGGAGCUGCAUGUGAGUGUGCGUUUUGAUAGCAAAAAAAUUAUUAGAAAUUCAAAAUGCCGUCAAGCAGACGACAAAUUGGUAUUUGAUGACAAAGAGGUUGAUGGUUUUAUUUUCUUAUCUUCUAGAUUUGGCCAGGAACUGAUUGAUAAUGCUGCCCCCUUUCCAUUUACAGAUUUCAGCAAACCUUUUAAAUUGGCUGUAGCUUUUUGUGAAACUGAAUUUCGUUUAGCUAAAGAUGGCCGAUAUAUGUGUAACUUCGCAUAUAGAUCACCGAAUAUAUUGCCUUUCGUAAUGGGUCCGAAAAUAUUUGGCACGAAUGGUGUCAAUGUCAGAGUUUGGGGCAUAGAACACUUGCCUUUAGAGGAUGGCCAGUGUAAAGAUUUUGAAAAGUAUUCUUCAUUAUGAUAGACAUUAAGGAAAUUUAAACUCUUAUAAGUAAGAAUCUCAAUUUUUUACUACAUACUAUUAUUUAAGCCAUUAUUAUUAAAGCCAUUCAUAAAGAAA